AUAGGACUCCAUAUUGGAAUGCCUGAGAUAACACGGGCGUUAGUGCUGUAUGACUUAUAGUCCGCAUACAAUAACUACUGGACAUGGACUGACUGCAUUCCAGUCCUCAGGAUUCGCAUUUUCCACUCGACCAGUACCAGGGUGCCUCCGCCACCGACGGAACCGACCCUGAGUACGCUAGUGUAGGCCUACACCGAGUGUAUACCAGGAAGCCCAUAUGGCGCAAUGAGUCAAACUCUACCUCUUGAGAGUCAGCAUAGCCUUGACGCUCGUCGAAUAUAUAGUUGAUCAGACGUUUGGUUUAUCACAUCUGCACAACAAGUGUUCGAAUGCCCCACCUAGACCAUGGAGCACGUGAACCCAGACAUGGCGUCUAGCAGGGGACCCCCUGGCGCCCCACCCAGUUACGAGGAGGUGAUGUCCCCGGCGGCCGCCCUCAGCGAUCAGCCUCAUGCAGCCCAGCAAAUUUUGUGCCGCGACUUCGCUCCAACGUGGAGUGCGAGACAGUCUUUGUUUGGGUCAUCUGUCACAGGUGAUGACAUGGCGGUAUUAGUAAGCCGAGCAUCUUCUUGGUUGGCAAGUCGAAAUGAUAUUUACUUAAUCAAGUGUGAAACGGUGACAAAGAUUGUCAGAGCUGACACCCCUAGUGCUGGAACUGACAGCGCACUCUGGAUGGAGCCACUAUCCAAGAAAGGACCAAUAGGUGUAAUUGUGAGACAUUUACGGUUAUGGUAUAGAAAACUCCCGCCGUCAUCGCCAAAACCUUCUACCCCGCCUACUCUUCUUAUACGUGACUUCGUUCCCAAUCACGGUGACGUAACGCUUGGAGAAUUGAUCCAAGCUGCCAAUGAGUGGCUGGCUAGGACCAAGAACCCCGUUGUGACAGUUGAGACUGUGAAUACCCCUCUGCACAUCACAAUGUACACCCCGGCAGAUCAACCGGAACGCUUUAUAACUCGCAAUGACUCCACAGCCUUGAUAUUCAAGCCAAAUAAGCCUUCUGCCUUCAUCCUUAGGUUGUUUUACUUUGCUCAUAAGGGAGAUGGGCCUAGAGAGGAAAUGCGGCUAGGCCUACGAGAUUUUAUACCGUCUGCCCUAGGGUUUUCGUCACCCAGCGAAGCAAUGCACCACAUCUCUUCCUGGUUAGGCCAACAGAAUGUCCACGUCCUCAAUAUACAGACAGUAAAAAUUCUCUCAGGUAGAAGUCCGAGCGCCUGUUUUCAAAAGCGUCCCUUAAAGUACAUGUAUCUCCCUGAUAAGCGUUCAAGGCGCUCUUAUCAGUACGUUACUCGGAUCGCCUACUCCUUCACUCCAGGUAACGACACGCCCACUGCAGCACCUGAACGCUUGUCAUGCGCCAUUUUUUCUCCUUCAAAGGUGUCCAUAUUGCCGCUAGGCAACGGGCAAUUUUCCAUGACAUUCAAAAACUUUACUUCGGUUUUGGACAGAUUGCAACAGUGGAUGGAUAAAUCAGCCCACGACCGAGAAGUGAUGAGUGUCGAAACGUUCCCAGUUCAAGCUCUGACGUCAGAGGAGCAGGCGGGGGCCACCCGAGAGGACGUCACUUAUCUCCAUGGUGAGGAGACGUGGCUGGAUACUAUACGGGUAUAUUUGGCUAAGAGGACGUCACAGUUUCUAGAGUUUGACAACAUUCCGAUAGCCUCUGCUUCCGCGGUCAAUUCAGCCAGCCCUCAACUUAACGCGGCCCCGGUGUCUGGGUAUGCCGCCGUCUAUGCUCAAAACACAGCCAAAGUGGCUGGAUACUCUGCGCACGAUGUCCCUGGUGUGAGCGGGUCAUCUGGAGUUAUCGCUGGGCAGGUUAUGGUCAGUGCGGGUCCCUAUGUUAUGGCUGGCACUCCUGCACCGCCUUCACCACCACCGCCAUCAGCACCACCGACAGGCCCACCAACAGUACCGCCAACAGAACCGCCUACAGAACAACCAACAGAACCGCCAACAGAACCGCCUACAGAACAACCAACAGAACCGCCAACACAACCACCAACAGGUCCACCAACAGAACCGCCUACAGAACAACCAACAGAACCGCCAACACAACCACCAACAGGACCAUCAACAGAACAACCAACAGAACAGCCAACACAACCACCGACACAACCGCCAACAGGACCAUUAACAGAACUGCCAACAGAAUUGCCACCAGAACUACCAACAGGACCAUCAACAGAACUGCCAACAGAACUGCUAACAGAAACACCACCAGAACUACCAACAGGACCAUCAACAGGACCAGCUGAAGUACCAACAGGACCAUCAACAGGACCAGCUGAACUACCAACAGGACCGUCAACAGAACACCCAGCACAAUCACCAACACAACCACCAACGGAAGCGACAGCAGAACCAUCAGGGGAAACGCAACCACGUAACACUGUGUCUGUUGAGACGCAUGUUAUCUCAAACAUCGCACAUAACAUUACCGAUGAGGAGGGGAAUGGCGUUGCCUCGUUACAGGGUGAGGAAAGCACUAUAGAAACUUUCUCCGAGAGUUCUGAAAAAUAA